CUGCUUGCACCGUGCACUACGAUAUGUGUGUUUGUAUCAUUAAGGCGGUGUGACAGGUUUUCUAACCUUAAAGCACGUGUACCUUGGCGAUAAUCUCUGCUUUUAUAGUUGCGAGCGGCGGCGACUUUUGUUUUUGUAAAUUUUCCAUUUUUAUAUACGAAACCACAUCCAUCAAGUAAAUUGUAAAUUGAGUGAAAAUUUAAGUGAAAUUCCUUAAAUUAAGUAUUUACUGUAAAAUGUGCUGCAAUUAACUGCUGUAUUCUAUAAGUUUUCGUUCGAUUUUACACAGUCGAUUUUUUGUUUUACUAGAAUUAAACGUAAGCGAGACAUAGCGAUUCGAAGUCGACAAGAAAAAUGAGUUUUAAAACCACCAAGGAAAUUAUCGAAGACGGCGAUAUCGUUGUUUUAUAUUUAAAUCCGAGCAACAUGCACUCGUUGGAAGUGAAAGAGAAAAUUUUUAACAAGAAAGGCGAGCUCAUAGACAAUAUGUUCCACACUACGUAUGGUGCGUUAAGAGUCGUGUCGCUCAUCGGACAAAAGUACGGCUCCAAAGUGAAGUUGAGUCGAGGCUGGGCAUACGUGUUGCAGCCAACGCCAGAGCUCUGGACGUUGACGCUGCCGCAUAGAACUCAAAUUAUCUAUAGUCCAGAUAUAAGUCUCAUUAUACAUUUAAUGGAGCUCCGGCCGGGAAGUACAGUUAUAGAGACAGGCACCGGCAGCGGCUCUUUGUCUCACUCGUUAAUUCGAGCGAUACGUCCAAGUGGUCAUUUGUAUACCUUUGAUUUUCACGAACAACGUGUAUCUAUCGCCAGUACGGAAUUUAAAAACCACGGCUUGAGCGAUUUUGUAACUUUGAAGGAGAGAGACGUCUGCUUGGAAGGAUUUGGAGACGAGUUAAGAGACAGAAUUGACGCGGUGUUUCUAGAUCUUCCACAUCCAUGGUUAGCUAUAGAACACGCCAUUGUUGCUUUAAAACAAACAGGUGGAAAACUCUGUUUCUUCUCUCCUUGCAUUGAACAAGUUCAACGCACUUGCGCACAACUGAUUUGUAAAGGGUUUAUAGAAUUACUCACGUACGAAUGUUUGCAGAGAGAAAUGAAUGUUCAAUACAAAUCUCUACCAGUAUUAGAUCUGGAGUGUUUGAAAUACAAGCAAGCGAACGAAGACAUUGUACAAAAGGAUGAAAAGGGAAAACAGGAAGAAAAACUUCUUACAGUUACUCACGCUCAUUCAUUGCCUGGCCAUACAGGCUUUAUUACAAUUGCUGUUCUUCCUCCUAGCUACGCACGUAAAUGAAAAUUAAUUUAUAGACAUUCAAGCAAAGGAACAAACGACUGAGGCGAAAACGUUAAGGUGCAAUGCGCAUUAAAUAUCGACUAAUUUAAAUGAAACUCGUGAACUACAAUAGUUUGACACUCGUCUGCUGUCUCAAAUGGAAAUUCCACAAUUUGUAUUAGAGAUAGACAGUCCGAAUGAAUUUCCGAACCAUUUUUAUCGAUUGUGUCGACGUUUUUUUCCGAAAUUAAAUAGUAUGACAUCCUACAAAAUGUACCAUUGGUCGUAAAUAAAUAUGUGGGUGUUGAAACAUGAAAGAA